CGUGCUGAACAAAUAGAAUAGAAUCUGCUCUCUGUGAGCCAUGGACAACUCCCGCCCACACCUGUAUGUUGCAGUUAAAUUUGGUUCAUCCUGUGGGAACUUACUGGUAGAACAGAGAGUCUAACGCUCCAUGAUUGAUGCAAGCCUUGGACAAUUCUGCACCCAAACUCUACUUUAUCCCCCAGCGGACACCAUGGGAGUCUGCAGAACCAGAACUUCUGUACCUCUGACCCAUUGAUUCCUCAAUCAUGAAAGCUCACUCUUCUGCUUCUUUUGAGCGCAAGCCGAAUCUCUCGGCUGCCGCCACUGCCGACUUCUCCUUCUCCUCCUACCGCAGGCCGCCAUCAGAUGACGAGGAGCCCAAGAGACCGUCCCGAGAGCACAACCAGAUCGCAGCCGAUGAUUCCGAGCUCAGCAUCUUCGAUGCCCGGAAGUACUUCAACGAAACCAAUGACCAAGAAUUCGCCAAUGGAGCUAGAGUCGUCUCUCCCCUGAAGGAAAACUUGCCCGACCCGUCUCUGCUUCUCCCGAGAUUGUCUUCUGCUUCUUUGUCCAUCGCCGAUGGGUACGGGAGGAAUUACCGGGCUCGAUCCUUCCGUUCGUACGUGACCCCAACGGCCUCAUCUGAGGCGAGUUGGAACAGCCGCACUGGGCUCCUGUCGAAUCCUCCUGGGGCGAUAUCGGUGUCUCUCAGGGACCCUGUAGCCGAUAGGAAAAGAGGGACUAGUAGUAACUCUGCAAGAUGGCUACUUUUCCAGCAAAAGUGCCCAUGCUUGGGCAAGAAGUCUGUUCGGGUUAAGGAGAGAUCUACGGAACCGAGAUCUCCGGCUCGCCUGAGUAACUACAGACCGAAAGAACUUGCGGUUUACAAAGUCCAACCAGAUAUAGCUAAAACCAAAGCCUUCUCUAUCACUGCUGUUUCAGAAACCAGUAAGACGAGUUUAGUGGCAACGACAACACCCCGAUACUACAUGAGCAAAACCAGCGAGCAGAUCCCGAAUAGCAUUCGUAGAAUCUCUACGGAAGCUGAGAAUUGCUUCCCUCCCGAAGUUCACGCAUCGGUCGUAGUCCCAGGAAGGCCGUUCGUUGAUGGUACUACUAAUGCGGGAUUCACCUUUCCUGUGUUGAAUCCAUCAAUGUCUUCAUCCUCAUCAUCGCCUCCUUUGAAGCCGGUACCAAAUGGCCAAUCAUCUAUUAAAAAACCUAUUAGUCCCUUGCUUCCUCUCGCUUUAGAUCCGCCCCGGGAAUCGUUGGAAGUGUUCCAACCAUCUCGCCCGUCCAAUCCUCGUCCCUGCCAACUGCUUGUUACACCAGCUGGCCUCGGCCCAAGAGAAAACCAGGCUGCGGAUGAUGAGGCGGCCAGCGAUGCGAGCUCGGAUUUGUUUGAGAUCGAGAGCUUUUCCACCCAAUCCACUUCGUAUCCAAUCCCAUACCAUCGCCAGAGGGACUCCCUCGAUGAGGCAAGGCCAAGGUUCUCAACGAACACCAGUACUGGGCCUGGCCUAUACAACGGCCUAGAUGACCAGCCAAUGACACCAUCCUCUUCUGGGUAUGCGUUAACCGAGUGCGGCUAUGAGCCGAGCGAGGCCAGCAUUGCGUGGAGCGUCACCACAGCGGAAGGGACGGCGUGGGAUUGGGGGAGUGUGACUAAUUACUCUGUCAGCGCAUCCGAUGUGGAAGAGUUCACCAGGAUGCAGCUGCGGCUGCACCAGGAGCAGGAGAGGGGUGGCGGCGGAGAGGGCGGCGGAGGCAGGCGGAGAGGGAACGGGCUGCUGAUGAGCUGUCGAUGCGAGAAGGCGGUGAGCGUGGGGCCAAGCCCAGUGAAAUGUAUGCCUGAGCGGGGACAUGUGCAUGGACAUGGACAUGGACAGGGACAUCAUAAGAGCAGGCCUUCCCCAUCUUUGCCAGCACCAGCAAAUCCAAACGCCUUGGCAAGGCAUGUGAGCAGUAGGCCACCACCAGUCGCUAAUAAGCCACCCGUCCCGAGCUCUCACUCGGCACGCCUGUCCCUAACUUUCGUGACAUAGAUUGUGAGGUCGGCGCCAGCACCGGCACCAACUUGCAUGUUGCGGCUCUCACUGGACGCGACAACUCCGCGUUUUAUCUGUUUGUGUCACGAGCACUUUUCCAGCGGCUUUCAAUUCGUGUGAUCUGUUCCCAAAACUUUUCUUUCCAUUUUGCUUCGAUAGUUUCUUCUAGGAUCAGCCUUUGUGGGUCUCUUGGAUUUGCAUGAUGCGGACCGAGACAAAAAUCAAUGGUUAAGUUGAAAGGGCGAUGUUUGAGUGGUUGCAUUUGACAUUACACAUCGUGCCUGGAAACAGGAAUGAUGCAAAAC